UGCCAAAUCUGGAGGCCCAUCUUACCCAAAAAGUCUAAAUUUUACUUCAAAAUAAAAACUGUAAUCUCAACUCUAAAAACAUGAAUGUGUCCACAAACCCCUCAUUAACAAAGAGACAUUAAAAAAACUUCUUCUUUAUAAUGCAUAUUUCUUCAAAUGAGUUUCUGCCUUAUCGUGUGAACCAUUAACAUGAUGGCCCAUUGCUAUGAAUCACUGCUGUUUACAGUGGGCAGGGAAAUUAUUUUCAAAUGCUAAUUGUGUCAUCAGGCUGUUUGGUCAGGAUUGGUUGUCUGUUUGGGUGCUCUGAUCACUUAAAGCCCUCCACAGCAGAGAGAAUUCAUUACAUCUGUUCUGCAGUGACUGAAGUCUCUGAAUGAACUUUCAUACUCUUUCUGGAAAAAAGGAUAUUUGAACCUUGAAAUGGCUUCUGAGAGGGUUCUUUCACCAGACCAGUGCUGGGCAAUCUUGCAGUCUGCUGAAAAUGACUUCUUAACAAUCAUCGCUAACUUAAUGAUUGAUUGGAGAUAUAUCGGAUCUAUGACGAGAGAACGAGAGCAGCUGGUGGUGCAUUUCCUGGAGGCCAUGGUGAUGCUGCUGUACCUCCAAAAGCCAGAAGUGGUGAAGAAUAUGACUGUUUCUGAUUGGCUGAACCGGACAUACAUUGAGGGAAAUCAUGAACAGGCUAUGGUAGAAGUAGACAAGUGCAAUGCCUUCUUUGUCAUGUCAAAUGAGGAGGAAGCGUGGUUUGAUACGUACUACGAAUACCUGCGUUCAGAGAUGAUCAAGAGGAGGCACACGAGAUGCAGUUUAGAUGAAGCUGAAAAAUUCUUCAUAUCCUCUUCAGGGAAUCCGGUUGACAAUCCCUCUCAGGAUCUAAAGGAGCUGCAUGACGAGUACUGGCUCCCAAGCAUUACCACCGAUAUGGCCAGAUCUUCUGUAUACGCUGCCAUGCUCAAAUGUGAUUUGAUAGAUGAUGAAAAACUUUCAAAGCCAGCUGAGCCCAAAUGGAUGAAUGCAAACACAGCUUUUCACUUGCUGAAGAUGUCACAUCCAGUAACGGUGCAUGCAACUCUUCCGGAAAAAGCUGCACGAAUGCGAAUCUCAAGGAAAUAUGAGAGCCAUUGCCUCUCGCUCUGGUGCGCGAAUCAAAAGAAACUCCGUGUGGGUCUUGUGCUUGGAGCCCAGGAUGCGAGAAUCACAGGGUUCUGUAUAGAGGGGAGCCGUCUCAUCAUAGACCCUACAGAGUAG